CCUGCUCUUCGACCUUCUCCACACACUCACACCAGACCAGAGGCCGUCACCAUGACGAGGGACCAGAAUGGGACCUGGGAGAUGGAGAGUAAUGACAACUUUGAAGGCUACAUGAAGGCCCUGGAUAUUGAUUUUGCCACCCGCAAGAUCGCAGUACGUCUGACUCAGACAAAGAUCAUCGAACAAAACGGCGAUAACUUCAAGACGAAAACCAACAGCACGUUCCGCAACUACGACCUGGACUUCACUGUCGGGGUAGAGUUUGACGAGCACACAAAGGGCCUGGACAGCAGGCAUGUUAAGACGCUCAUCACCUGGGAAGGCGAUGUCCUCGUGGCUGUGCAGAAAGGGGAGAAACCGAAUCGUGGCUGGCGGCAAUGGAUAGAGGGGGACAAGUUGCACUUGGAGCUGACCUGUGGUGACCAGGUGUGCCAUCAAGUGUUCAAAAAGAAGUGAUGGGGCAUGGGAUGCCUGCCAAGAUGCAGAGUUCUCUAUGGCUUCAGGAAGCAGCAUGGGGACCCUCUCACUCCUGAUAGAGCCCCACUAAUGUCCCUGGAUGCGUUUUAAACAGAACGAGUGUAAUAGUGACAAGCAUAUUCUUCCCCAUUUGAAACCUGGCAUUAUUAAAUGGAAAAACAAAACUCAUUCCCAGGA